ACAAUAACUGGCACUUGUUGGUAUUGGAAAGUUCUAGGUUACUAGUCACAGCCUGAUGUCCAAGGGAAGCCACAAAGAAGAGGCACUUUCUUUUUUCACCACUGCAGUAAGGGGCUUCCCUUUGCUGCAUUGUAGCUCAGAUGAAAAGGUUUUGCUGGCGGUGACAGAGGUGGUAUACAAGGAUUUCUCGUACUUUUCGAUGAGCGCCGGCCACACGCUAAAUCGCUGUAUAUGACAGAGAGCAGUGCACCGUUACUAAAAAUUUCCUAUUAGCAACACC